AUGACAGUACCUGAGACUUUAAAUUCGGCACUUGAUGAAGAAAUGUCUGUUGACCCUAAAGUCUUUUUAAUGGGUGAAGAGAUUUCCAAAGGGUUUUUGGAGAAGUAUGGUCCCAACAGAGUUGUGGAUACUCCUAUUACUGAGGCCGAAUUUACUAGAAUUGGAGUUGGUGCAGCUUACUAUGGUCUCGGGCCUAUGAUGAAGUUCAUGAUUUUUAACUUCUCUACGCAGACUGCUCUUUCUGUUGUUAUGCUUGAGCCUCUUGCUGAAUCCGUAGCCUGGGUUCAAGGGGUAGCUAAAGUUAAGUGUAUGGCCCUUCCAUUUUCAUUUUAUAAACUUGGGUUAAAAUUUGGAUUAGUGCAUGUUUCUCGUGACAAGUGUCCAGAAUUCCAGCAUCACAAGAAAGCUGGUGCUAUGAAUGCACUUGUAAGUGGUGAAGUGGUGAUUUUGAUAUGUACUUAUGCUAACAUUGCAUUUAUCAGUUAUAACCACCAAUCCAUUUUGAUUCGUCCGCCGCCAACAUCGUCGUCUCCUUCUUGCCUGAGCUCCGUUGUUGCUAGUUGGUCUCCACUUCCAAAUGCCAAGCUUCCUAUAGCAACUUCACCGAGCACCGACUCAAGUCAUGCGAUGUCAGGUCAGAUUAGAGCUCCUUGGCUCAUCUGUUUGUUGAUGAUGAUGAAAAGAAUGGACCCGAUGGAUGCUCCAAAGUUGAAUAGAAGAAUGCAACGCGAGGGCCAUAGAAGAGAUUGUGGCGCAUCUCUACUAUGUUAUUGGUUGGAGAAUAGAUAG